CCGGAUUCCGAGAUGCCAUCGCCUUAGCCUGGCGUCUCUCCAUCGCCUGUUCCUCCAGCCCACAGAUCAACUACGAACGACUCUUCGAAGGAUGGUACCUCGAACGAAAGCAACAACUCGACAAAUCCCUCGCCGCGACCGUCCACAAUGGCGAUCUCGUAAACGGCAAAAGCUCUAUGCACAGCUUCAUUCGCAACUGGGGCCUGUGGUUCCUCCAACUCCUACCUAGUUGGAAACACUGGCUCGAGCAGGGGCCCCGUCGCGAUGGACCGACUCGAUACACCCAUUCACCCGGGCUGCCAUUCAUGCCCGAAUAUAGCGGCGGUCUAUGUUUCCCCCAGACGUAUUGUAUCUCCCUGCAACCCAAUGCCGAGGUGCAGUUCACCGACGACGUAAUCUUCGCCGAGAAACGAACCCCGUUUCAGAUCGUGGUAUUGCUCAAUCAUCCCGAUGAGCGGAACAUUGCGGUUCAAGAAUUGGGAAAUAUCAAGGCCAGUGGUCUUCUUUCCCCGGGUGAAGCAACCAUUUUCGUUCCCCGCAGUAGUUGCACCUCUGAUUUCGGUGAUCGGGCGGAUACUUACAACUACCCGCUUUUCCGCAGCGCCACUGGGGACGAAUUCGCCCGCUCGCCGCUGUGUGAGUCCCGCCCGGUGCCGCGCGGGUACAACGAAAUGUUGAUGUGGGAGAGUGUCCAGGGUAAACGGUAUGUGGUACUGCGGUUGGAUCGGUUUGUCUUUGCGGCCUGUAAGGACGGGGCCGAGCUUGCAAAGGCAGUGACUCACUUGAACGAGUUGUUUGAGCCGUAGUGUUCAAGAGAGAGACGUCCGUAUUUAGAUGUAUUGUACUCGUUCAAGAAAUUUCGAACUUUACUCUCCAUAUCAGUCAAACACUGGACCCUUAAUCUGCUCGUAGCAGUAUAGAGUGUCCCAAAAGGCGGUCCUGCCGUAGUCCUCGUAGGUCCCACUGGGUUGACGAUCGGAGCGGGGUCUAUCUCGACCAACCCCCACGGGGUCACGACGGAGCUUGGCGCGUCGGCCCUCGGUUGCUUUGAGCUGAUCUGGUCAUAAAACAGCUCGAACCUCACAGGAAAUCCCACGUAAACACACCGUCUAGACUGCCUGCCGUUUCUGGUUCCUUGCAAGAUCUCACAGUGUAUACACAAUGGCCACACCUCUCCCUCGGAAGCUCUGGGUGCACCCCGACCCGGAAUCAACACAAAUGGGCCAGUUCCGACGAGAAUUGGAGCGAUCUACUGGAAAGAAAUUCGACUCCUUCCAUGAUAUGUUCCUCUACUCAGUCCAGAACCGCACCGCAUUCUGGGACUUUUGCUGGAAAUUCUUCCCAAUCAUCCAUGAGGGCACGUACACCCGCGUCGUGGACGAAUCCGCCCGCAUGGACAGCGUCCCAGCCUGGUUCGCCGGCGUCAAAUUGAAUUUCGCCGAGAACCUGCUCUUCACCGGUCGCACGGGCGAGACGACCGGCAAGGAAGACGAGAAGAUCGCAAUCACCGAGAUUCGCGAGGGUGACGCGGAGAAUGCGGUUCAUCUCACCUGGGCGCAAUUGCGCCAACGUACCGGUGCCUUGGUUCAAGCUAUGAAAGCCAAUGGCGUGACGAAGGGGGAUCGCGUUGCGGUUUGUUCGGCGAAUAGCAUCGAUACAUUGCUCGUGUUGCUGGCGACGACGGCGCUGGGUGCCAUUUUCUCGUCGAGCUCGACGGAUAUGGGUGUCAAUGGGAUUUUGGAUCGGUUAUUGCAGAUUCAGCCUAGAUGGCUGUUUAUGGAUGAUUUGGCUGUCUACAAUGGGAAGAGGAUUGAUCUGCGGGGAAAGAUGAACGACAUCGCCAAGGGGAUGGAGUCGCUGGUCCAGUUUCAGGGUAUCGUCUCGUUGCCGCGAUUCCCUUCGGAGCCGGCCGAUGUCAGCGCCAUCCCUCGAGGAUUGACGUUGUCGACUUUCAUGGCUAACGCAGGUGGUAAAGACCGCUUGGAGUUUGAGCGUGUUGAUUUCCGCGACCCCUUCCUUGUGGUAUACUCGUCUGGUACCACGGGCCAGCCAAAGUGCAUUGUCCAUUCCGUGGGAGGAGCGUUGUUGAACGGCUUUAAAGAAGGCGGUUUACAUACUGAAUACACCUCGGAGAGUGUUGCUUUGCAAUAUACCACGACGGGAUGGAUCAUGUAUCUAUCUGCUAUUCAGACCCUGAGCUUUGGCUCUCGAGUGGUGCUCUAUGAUGGCAGUCCCUUUAUUCCCGACGUGACGGCACUUGUGAAAAUCACCGCCCAAGAAAGGGUCACCCAUCUGGGUAUUUCUCCGCGAUGGCUGCAUGAACUGCAGCGCGCGAAUAUCCGACCUCGCGAGAUUGUCGAUCUUAGUGCUUUGAAGGUUGUCACUAGCACUGGAAUGGUCCUACAAGAUACUCUAUUCGAAUGGUUCUACGAUGUGGGCUUCCCCUCUCACACUCGUCUGAACAACAUCUCCGGCGGCACUGAUAUCGCUGGCUGCUUUGGUAUCAGUAACCCUCUGACCCCCGUGUAUGUGGGAGGAUGUGCGGGAUGCAGUCUGGGCGUGCCAGUUGAAGUAUAUGACUCCACAAUCGAAGGAGGCGAGGGUAUUCAGGGUGUAGCAAUCGAAGAGGGAGUCCCCGGCGAGCUGGUGGCUACCUCGGCUUUCCCUAAUAUGCCCACGAUGUUCUGGGGUGAUACCGAUGGCAAGAAGUAUUUCAAUGCGUACUUUGCCCGAUUUGACAAUGUCUGGACUCACGGUGAUUUCGUGGCCAUCCAUCCUAUCACCAAGCAGCUCGUCUUCCACGGCCGCGCCGACGGUGUGCUCAACCCCUCGGGUGAGAUUGCAGAUUCGAUCUGCGUGGGUCAGCGUCGACCCUCCGACACGGAUGAGCGCGUGAUGCUCUUCCUGUUGAUGAAGCCUGGUGUCGCCUUUACGGCCGACCUGGUAACCCGCGUGAAGAGUGCCAUUCGCACCGAGCUCAGUGCCCGCCAUGCGCCGGCCUUUAUUUUUGAGACACCGGAGAUCCCGACGACAGUCAACCUCAAGAAAGUGGAGCUUCCGGUCAAGCAAAUCGUAUCCGGCAAGCGGAUCCAGCCUUCAGGAACCCUGCUCAAUCCGGACAGCUUGGAAUUUUACUACCGAUUUGCCGAGGUGGAGAAGCUCGUUCGCGAGAGCAAGCUCUGAGUAAAGACUGGAAGCACGCAACAUAUUGUAAUUCGGAAGUUGGGCAGCGAGGAUUUUCGGGGUCAGCGUAUAUUCAUCGGGGGGUUUUUUCAGAUAUUGGAUAGAUAGAAUCGGUCCAGACUCGGCGGCAUAGACAUUAACAAUCUGUGACACAACAUUAUGAAAGCCAACGUGUAAGCAAUUGUCAUGAGAGACAUUGACUGAUCAAUUGAUGAAGUUUCAUCAGAGGUGACUGUACCCACACCGCUAGUCCUGGUCGACACGGCGCCAGUGGCUGAUCAGUAGUCGAUAGUGAGGUCAAAAAAGGAUCCUAGAGGGCCCGUGGCUGGUAAUCGUGGAGUGGGGAGGGGUGAGAGGGGCAGAUCGGAUGUAUCGGGACGAGGAUCGUCACUCUGCCAAGCUUUAACCAAGCUUUGCCGUUGAGGGGGGAACACAGCGAGCUCGUCAAUGGUUUGAUUGGCAGAUCACAA